AGACAUGAGCAAUCGAGAGCCGGGUGGUAAAACAUACAACGAGACACUCAAAACUUUUGAUAAAUCUUUUGUAGCUUUUCUCUCGAGAUCAAAAGUGGCAGGAAGACUUGGAGGAUCAUUUAUAUAGUGUCCAAGUAUGUGACCUGUGUCUUUACAACGUGGAAUUGAGUUCAUCCUUGCCGGAGAAAAGUUUACUUAAGACAUGAACACCAAGCCACAGGCCCUCAGCGUGUGAAAAGGCUAUCACCAUGGCGACGCAGUUCAGUAUCGAUGAUGCCUUUGUGUUGGAGGGAGAUGAGGAGGGUGCUGCGUCUGAUGGAGAGACAGAGGGAUGGAAGGGCAGAGACAACGACAGGGAAGGAGGAGAGAUGGCAUUUGGUCCUCUAACUUUUUCCAAACCUCAGACUCAUCCCCCGCCUGCUGCUGCCGGCUCUCCUGAUCACAGUAACCUAAAAUAUCAGAAUCUGGAAAAUGAAGACGCCUUGGGCAGCAAUGGCAAUUCAUCCUUUAAUAACUUCUUCAAAAUCAGCGACCCUGCCAAUCUGUCUUACUGCAGCUCCCAGUGGUCCUUCAGCACCUUGAGUUCAGUCACACAGCUGUCUGCACACUGCUGCGGGUGGGUGUCCCAUCCUCUGGUGAAGAAAAACAGAAGAGUUGUUCUUGCUUCAUUCUUUCUCCUCAUCACUGGAGUUGCUCUCAUUUUCACGGGUGUUGUCAUUCAGCUGAAUCCCAAUGCAGGUGUUUCAAGUGCUAUUUUCUUUGUACCUGGAUUUCUUCUCUUCAUUCCUGGAGUGUACCAUGUGAUAUACAUCAGCUGUGCGGUCCGGGGAAGAAGAGGCUUCAAAUUGUUCUACCUUCCCUAUUUUGAAAAAUGACGAUUCAUGAGACAUUUUUACUACAUUUAUUUGUUUGCUAUCUUAAAAUGAAUUGUAUUUUGUCACGUGUAAAAAAACAUGUAUUGUCACAUGGUUGUUUUUUCUUGUCAUUGUAAUGACCACUACUAAUUCAACCACUCAGUGCCUCGACUUUGUUUCCACUACAUGAACUGAUAUUGCUGUAUGUGUACACUAAAAAGAAGGAGAUUGGUCCUGUCUGUGUUUUCUAUGUCGUGUGAAUAAUGACUGUGAAAUUACAAUAAAACUUUUGUAUAUUUU